UUAAAAACUCUUGAGCCUCGCACAGGUUCCCACCUGAAACUCUCUCUCUCUCCCUUCUCUCUCACAGUGAAGGCUGUACAGAUUGGAGGCGCAGAUGGCAGGAGUAAUUAAGAAGUUCUUCAUUGCAUCGAUGUUGAUGUGGAUUGCACCCAUUGCAAUCUUAUAUGGUUUUAACCAUAAUUUGUUUCCUGGUUCAACCCAGUUGUCCUCCUAUUCUGCCACGCUGUUGAGCGGAUUCAUUGCUGUCAUAUCAGUCAAUAUAGUUAUCGCCUUCUACAUUUUUAUGGCAAUGAAGGAACCUUCAGACAAACAUGAACCAGAUCCUGCUUUUCUUGCUGCUGCCAAGGCCAGUGUAAGCCAAUCUACUACACCUGGUGAAACUGAGGAUCCUUCCCAAUCCCGUGAUAAACAAGAAUAGGAUGCAACCGAGCUAUGACAUUUCCACUUACGGAGAAGAACUGGAUUGAAAUGUGGGGAGAAACCACGACAGAUUGGAUGAGCAUUGAGAUCAUACGCGCUGAUUUUGUAUUCAAAUAGUAUUGUUGUUUAGUUGUUAUUGUGCAUGAGAUUUGAUGUCAGUCGCACAAGUUUCUGAGACUGCUAUUGUUAAUGUACAUUCAUAUUUCCUUUUGAUGGAAAUGCAACUUCUAUUUCACCUUAAA